AAAAAUAAUAAUAAAUAAAGUAGGGGGGGAAAAGAAGCUGCGGGGGAAGCAAUAGCGAUCUGAGAUUUUUAUACUUCCCUCUCUCGUUCUAGCUCUCGACUCCUUGGACUGGGUCCAAAUCAGCGUUGCCCCGUUCUCGAUCCCGAUCUCGAUCUCAAAAGGGAGGAGGGCAAAUGGACGCCAUCAGGAAGCAGGCGACCAAGCUCAGGGAGCAGGUUGCCAAGCAACAGCAGGCUGUUCUCAAGCAGUUCGGAGGUGGUGGGUAUGGAAAUUCAGACAAUGUAGUUACUGAUGAGGCAGAACUUCACCAACACCAAAAAUUAGAGAAGCUUUACAUAUCAACCAGAGCAAGCAAGCAUUUUCAAAGGGAUAUUGUCCGUGGUGUGGAAGGCUAUAUAGUUACCGGAUCCAAACAAGUUGAAAUAGGUAAUAAACUAUCUGAUGAUAGUAGAAAAUAUGGCGUUGAGAAUACCUGCACCAGUGGGACUACAUUGUCAAAAGCUGCAUUGUGUUUUGGAAGGGCUCGCUCGCAGAUGGAAAAAGAAAGAGGGAAUCUAUUGAAAGCCCUGGGUACCCAGGUUGCUGAACCCUUAAGAGCAAUGGUAAUGGGUGCUCCAUUGGAAGAUGCUCGACACCUUGCCCAGCGUUAUGACAGGAUGCGGCAAGAGGCUGAAGCUCAGGCUAUUGAAGUAUCAAAGCGCCAGAUGAAAGUAAGGGAAACCCCUGGUAAUGUGGAUAAUAAUUUGAAGUUGGAAGCUGCUGAAUCCAAGCUGGAGGAUUUAAAGUCAAAUAUGACAGUGUUGGGUAAGGAAGCUGUUUCUGCGAUGACUGCAGUUGAAUCUCAACAACAAAGAUUAACUUUACAGCGGCUCAUUGCAAUGGUUGAGUCAGAACGAACUUAUCACCAGAGAAUCUUACAAAUCCUUGACCAGCUUGAAGCUGAGAUGGUAUCAGAGCGACAAAGAAUUGAAGCAUCUCCAAUUCCAGUUGUGGAAGACCCAAUGCCGCCACCUCCAUCUUAUGAAGAAGUAAACGGAGUGUAUUCAUCCCAUACAGUUGAUGGAUCAACUGAUGCGAUGGGAUACUUUUUAGGAGAGGUUAUACAUUCAUAUCAGGCUGAGUCAGAUGUGGAGCUUAACCUGUCUGUCGGAGACUAUGUUGUAAUAAGAAAGGUGGCUGGUAAUGGUUGGGCGGAAGGGGAAUGCAAGGGGAAAGCGGGGUGGUUCCCUUUUGGAUACAUUGAGAGAAGAGAACGUGUUCUUGCGAGCAAAAUAGCGGAAGUGUUUUGAGAUUUCCAUUUAUACCCAAGCUCAACGCUUUUUUAUUUUGUGCUCCAGGUUCACUGGUUUUCUAUAUAUAUAGAGGUUAUGUAUAAUUACCCAAACUGUUCCGCGUAUGGCUUGCUGUCAUCUUUCGUUUCUUUUUUUCCUUUCCUGCCUUUUUUUUGGCAUCUCGUGUAGUUUCUGCAGCUUGUGCAUCAGUAUGUGAACUGUUGAUUGAGUAAUAUGUUGUUCUUGUAACCCGUUAUAGCUUGUUCAGGUGAUUUCUUGGGGAAAUAUUAUGAAAUUCUAUUAGAAACUGUGGCCGUCA